CUGUCGCGGUCACUCCCGCGGUUAGGGGAGCACCAGCCGCUGGGGGCCGGGGCGUCCACUGCCCUAGCUUCUCUCCACACCUGGCUCUCUUGUCCCCAGUCCUCCCAGGGCCCGGCGCCCCAGAACCCCCUCACCAGCACCAGAUUAGGGCUGGCUGGGCGCGUCUCCUCCAGCUGAGCCCUGGUCUGGGGGGGGUCUCUCUGGAGGUGCCUGGUAACAAACAGCCCCACCCACUUGUGGUGCCAGUAUCCACGGCAACCACAGAGAGCCCUUCCUUCCCUAGGCCUGCUGGGAGCUCAGGCCUCAGGUCAGUGUUGGGGCUGGGGCCCUGGACUGGGGGGGGACACCAGCCAGCACUUGGGGACAGACAAGGGUGUGUGUGCCCUGCGGGGGGGCCGUUUCACCCCUGGUGGGUGGUAGCCAGGGUGGAUGCCCAUGGGAUGGUGGUCUGGUGUCCUGGGGGGUGGACAGGUGCACGUGGGGCCCCUCAGCAGUGCUGCCGGGGCCUCGCUCACACCCAUGGACGGCCCAGCAGGAGCCCACGCACCGGACACAGGGAACGCUUGGCCAGCCACCCCUCCCGGCUCCCCGAGAACACCGAGAAUGGCCCCCAAGUCUGGCCUGCUGUCUGAAGAAGCUGGGGAGGGGGCUCCCCUGCCCCUGGCAGAUGGGGAGCCACUCGGUGGUGACCUGGGGCCGCCAGCCAGCGUUCCCGGCUCACACACUGACACCCUAGCACUGGGCUGCCUGCAGGACACCAAGCCCCCUUCGCCACCGGCGGUCUCCUCGGCCACCCUGCGCUUGGCCCCGGAGUCCCUGGACCCCCGCACCCUGCAGCUGCUGUGGGGGCAGCGAGAACUGGAGAUCCGCGCGCUGCGGUGGGCUCUCCAGAACGGCCAGGACGCCCGGCAGCGCCAGCUCCUGCAGGAGGUGGCGGGGUUUCCACCCCAGAGGAGCCCCCGCAGCCAGCAGAAGUUCCUGCAGAACCAGGUGCAGAAGCUCAGCCUGGAGCUGAGGGAGCAGAAGCAGCAGGCCCAGCGGGAGAAGGAGCUGUUGGAGCAGCGGCUGCACCAGCUGGAGGCCGAGCUGCAGACCUUCCAGAAGUCCUGCCUCCUGCAGAUGGCCCGCUCGUCCUGGGUGGGCCGCGUGCUGCGAUCCCAGACCGGCAGCGUGGAGGUGGUGACCACAGAGGCCCUUGUGGACCCCAGCGACAGCGUCUGUGAGAGCGAUCAGGCCCCCACGGCAGGGGAGGGCUUCCGACUGGAGGAUGUGGACUGGAACAGCAUCGCCCACCGCUACCCCAACCUCUUCACCAGCAUGGAGUCUGAGUCAGAGGAGCUCCUGCCCCAGACACCCACCCUGCUGGACCCUGGGCGCUCUCGGCCUGGUGAGAGGCCCCAUGCCGAUGAGAGGCCUCACAAGACCGUCGAGUGGAGCUCCCUGCCCCAGGUGGGCACCAGCAGCUCCGGGGGCGCCGGCUCCGACUCCAGUAGCUGCCAGCUGGCCCUGUCCUCUCGGGCACUGAAGGAGGAUGUGCUGGCCAAGAAGCUCAGCGCAGCAGAGCCCCUGGGGACAGAAGGUGGGAUGGGGCCGUGGCCCCUGCUUGUUUUUGUACCAUCGGGCUCUCCCACGGCUGUGACCUCUGCCCAGCAUGAACUGGCUCUUCAGUCCCCAGUGUCCACCUUGACCCAGAGCACCCCACUCGUGUGGGCUCCCCUCCCCCAAGGGCUGCUUUUUCUAGGUCUCCAGAUAACCCACUACGGCGGCCUCAGCAAGGCCGGCCUGGAGCCCGAUCCCGGGGCGCAAGGUGCAGGGCCCAGGGUGAGCCCUAGCUAUUCCCUGAAGAUCGUGGCCGUGAGCCGGCGGCAGAAGUUCGUUCGCAUCCUCAAUCAGUCGCUGGAGCACACGGCCGACAUGGCCGGCCUCACGCUGCGGCAGCUGGAGCGCGGCUUCCCGGUGUGCCUGUACCGCUUCCCGCCCGGCACGCUGCUGGCCCCGCGCCACCAGCUCACGGUGUGGGCUGAGGACGCUCGCAGCGCCGAGCAGCCGCCGGCUGAGUGCUCGGGCCGGCAGCCGCUCUACCUCCGCGUCAGCCCGGGCUGCGUGACCCUGCUGCUGGGCCGCGAAGGCGAGGUCCUCAGCGAGCACCAGGCCCCGCACUGCGUGACUCCGACCGCCCGGCUCUUCGCCGAGGACAGCUUCCCGCUCCCCGAGGCCCAGCCCGGCGCCGACAUGGGCGAGCCGCGACGCCCGCCGCGACGCCAGCGCAAAGCCCGGGUGCUGGAGGCCCCAGGCCGGCGCGGGAGGCUGGAAGGGGGCCUGCCCCUUCUCCAGGCCUCGCCCCAGGGAAGCCCGCCCUCUGGGCCUCCUGGCCAGGCCUUUCCCAGGACGCCCCGGAGGCCGGCCCGGCGCCUGAGGCCCAGUCCCGGUCUGUGCUGCCUUCCUUUGGGCAGGCUGCGGCCCUCAGGACCCCUCGGCCCCUCCGCGACUCUGGGAGCCUUGCGGACCCUGACCCCAGGCGAGAGCUUCCACCCGCGGGAGGAGCCAACGCGGCCCGAGUGCUUCAAGUACCCCGCGCCAGAGCUCCUGAACUUCCUCCUGGAGGCCAGGCUGGGCCUCGAGGACUGCCAGGCCAGGAAGGAGCACCGGGUGCAGGUUGGCCGCAGAAGUGUGGACCGCGACUGCCCGAUGGUGGUGUUGUCUGUGCAGAACACGGCCGAGAGCAGGUUUGGCUUCCGCUUCCUCUGCUGCCCGCCCAUCACAGCCGACGCCCGGGGGCGGCGCUAG